AAGAAUAUUAAACAUCGGCAACGGGAAACAAGAGCGUCCGUCGUACGACUUCGGUUUUCAGACAUGGCAUGCUGUUUCUCUCGACAGUCAGUCCGUAUUUACAAUUUGUAAACGUUGGUACGGUUGAGCUCCGUUACUUGCUUUCACAUAAACGAAUUUUUCGCAAAUCGAACAGUUUUUCACGACUUAUAAAUAGACAAUCAACUUUUUUACUUUAUCGACUACACUGUAUAAACGAUUUAUCGAAUGGUGUUGAGUUUUUAUGGUUUUUUUACCGAUUACGGAGACUCGUCAGCCGAAGAAGUGUUGUGAUACUAUUUAUUUACUCUUCUUGUAUUUUGUCGGCCAAUUUCCACUUUUUUCUCAUGUAAUCCUUUGUGAGAUUUAACUAAGAGGUUGGAUAUUGCUUCCGUGUAAUGAGUUUUACAAACAGAUGUAGUGCUAUGGAAUUCUUAUUCAAAGUGAACAUCGGACCACCUUCAUGUUUCUGAAGACUCUUCAAUUGGCGCACGUGAUGUGGUCUUCGCAGGGGUGGGGGUGGCGCUUCCCCCUUCCCCUGGUAUUUCGGUGUCUGGCGCAAGCCCUCGCCACCGACUUCCUCCGAUUCCUAGCAAGAUUUUCAGGUCGAAGACGACUACAUUUAUAUCAUCACAAAUAUCCGCCUCCUUGGGCUUUCCUGUUAUUAGUUUUAGUAUCUUCAUUAAUUAGUAUAGUAGAUGCGUGCUCAUCUCGCACAACACCAAAACCUAGGCCUCCGGCUCCAACACCUCGGCCCAACAUCACAUUCCCCACGUACGCUUGUCCGCCGGAAUAUGCGACGUGGUACUGCCUCAACGGGGCGACGUGUUUUACAGUCAGAAUCGAGAACUCCCUUCUCUAUAAUUGCGAAUGUCCAGAGAGUUAUAUGGGACCUAGGUGUGAAUAUAAAGAUUUAGAUGGAUCCUAUCUACCAACUCAACAAAUGCUAGAAACGGCAAGUAUAGCGGGGGGAGCAACGAUAGCUGUGUUUUCAGUAGUGAUAUUGUGUAUUGUAGUGUAUUUGCACUACAAACGUCGCGCCAAAGCGAGUAGGACUGGUACGGACUGUGUAGAUAGUAGAACGACAGCUGUAAAUACACCAACAUUUGGUGCUCGAUGGCGAACGAACCCACCUUCACCUUCAACAGAUCUUCCCAUUCGAGUUCAGGAUAGGGGAGAUAUGAAGGAUCAAGAUAGUAAAAUCGAACUGCAACAAGUAACGACGCUACUACCUACUUCGAACGAACCAUAAUGUGUUAGUGCAUAGCUAGCAAUAAAGGAUAGCCAUUUCGAAGGAUGUUUAUUUUUUAUUAAUCAUAAGAUUAUUUCCAUUGGCCUUAGAAACUUAAUUUUGGACAUGUUUUAAUUUUGUUUGAUUUAAAGUAUUACAGAGAAAAAAUGAUAUCUUGACUUUUUCUUAUUGUAUUUGGUUUCUAAGAACUUUGGCGAUGAAUUUUACGUUUGAUAAAAUUUCAAAUAUAUAAUUUUGUAUAUUUAGAUCUCUGUCCUUUAAUUUUUUGUCAGGCUGUCCCAUUAAAAAUUGAAUGUCUUGGAACUUCAGAUGCUCGGUAAAUUUGAAAAUGAAAUUGUGAUUUUGAUUAUUGUUAUUCUAACCAUUACAGGUUUGUUUUUCUGUCAUUCGUUUUCAGAAACAAAUAACAAUUUUACAGUUUUUGAAUUCGAAGUUGAAAGUCAUUCAAAUUUUAUUAUGAUGUCCUGUGCAGCUAUUUAAAAUUGUUAGUGAUAUCGGCUUUUAUAGUGCAUACCUACUGUAAUUAGUGGAUUAACAGUGAAUAAACCAAAUUUAUACCUUGUAUGAAACUUUUUUGUUAAAAAAAGAAGUGAAUAGCACUUUGUUAUAUGCAGCUUCGCUAAGUAAUUUAUUUUAUUUUUAUAUACACAGUGCAGCUUUAUGUUCUGCAAAUUAUGAAUGUCAAUACUUUGGCACCCAAAUUAUAUGAAUAGAAUAAUGUUAAAUAAUGUAACAUUAAACAAUUUUAUUUUUCGGUUUUUAGUGAGACUGCAAUCUGGUAAGCAAUUUUAUUGCAAUUAAUGUAACCAGUUCCAAUAAUAUUGUGUCCGAACCUUUGAAUUAAUUAUUUUUCUGGGGUAUGGAAGAUGAUUUUAAUAUACAUAAUUCGUAUUAUUUUUAUAUGAAUCUGCAUUUUCAAAAAUUAAGAAGUGUAGCAUGCAGGGCAUUUUUGUAAUGUAAAAUAUCAAUUUUCCAUCACUUACUGAAGCAUUCUGGUUUACAGAGAUAAAAAUUCAAAGUUACAACAAAUAAAAUGUACAACAAACUUGCAAUUUGUAAUAGUACCUUAUUAGUGUUAUUUAUCCACCUUUGAAAAUAAAUAAUAUUAAUAUUCCCUACUUCACUUUAUGAAGUGGAAAACAUGUCAAACAAUUGCUUCCACAACACUACUCCAUAUAUAAUAUAGAACAAAUUCACAUCAAUCCAAUAAUAAAUUUUAAACCAGACAAAAAGAAGAAACAAAUCAACAUUAUAUUCAGAUAUGGAUCUUGAUAUAAUAGGAGAAAUUGAAGACAAGCAAUGAUGAAAACUAUUGAUUUUUCAUGGUUAAAAAUCCUGGAAAACUUAAAACCAAAAAUGUGGUUGAAUAACGCAUCUUGUGUUAUUUUAAACAUUUUUAUAUUGUGAAAGGUUCAUUUAUUAUAUUCAGCUUUCUUUUACGUACAAAGUGAAACAAAUAAAAAUAUAUUCCUAACUACCGACCUACGCUCACAUUGUUCAAUACAAAACUCCCUGCCAAAUGCAAACUACAGAUAUUAGAUGAGAUUUCAUAUCCAUCUUAACCAAAACCACCUUUAUAAGUUCCUUUUAAAGUAGCAAGUAUCCUUUGAACAUACCUCGAAAAACGACUAUCUACACAUUUCAAGUUUGCUUCAUGGUAUAAGCCUGUAGUAGUAAAAUUAUUUACUAAUCACUGUUUUUUAUUGCUACCCCAAGCCUCCUAUGUGUAAGGAACAGUAAGUGAAUUUGAUAAAUUUUUGUCAGUAUCAUUUUUUAUACAUUUAUAUAUUAUAUAGUAUUUAUCAAACGGAAACAAUUUACCAUCACUGUUUUAUAUAAUUUGCAGUCUUUUGAGGUAUGUAUGCUUAUUAAACUAACAACAGUAUCAUCUUCUUUGUCUUGUAAAGUAAAAUUAGGUUAGAUGGAUAUUAUCACAUCUAUUAUCUGUAGUUUGAUUGUGACAGGAAAGUUUUUAAACAGCCAGUAUAUAGAUUUCGUGAGUAGGUUUCAUAUGUCUAAUAUGCUGGAUAUAGAAUAUUGUAUAUAACUACAUAACUGGUUAUUAAAAUUGUUUCCAUUUUAAUAUUUUCUAAUAGAUUGCAGUCUUACUAUUUAGUGGUACCUGUUUUUAGAAAAUUUUCGAUCAGGUACAAAUAUUUUGAGUGGUACAAAAUUUUCCAAUAGCAAUCAAUCACUCCUUGCUAGCUAUGACAAUAUUAGUCUCGUAGUAAGCAAAAACUGUAUUCAAAACAGUGUAAUUUGUACAGCAAGUCUGAUAUAUAUAAGUCUGAACUAAGUUAUGUAAGUUAUUCAACAUUGUAAAUAUAUACCUCUUAGGAGGUAUUUUAAUAAAAGCAAUUGUAUAAAUUCAGUUAUGUAUGUCUUGUACUGUGCGGAUUGAAUGAUUUUAAAUUAUCAUUUUUUUUACUUGUGUUAAAAAAUAAUAGAAGUGACUAGUUUUCGUAAAGCUUAGACUAACAGUACUAAAAACCUAAAACAGAAAAAGGCAUAACAUAAAGUAUAAGGUCAUAAAUCUAUUACAAAAAUUGUUUUAGUUUCUCAUUUAUGGAAUCGUUAUCAGAAAAUAAAGGGUAUAAUACAAUUAAUUUAAUUGCAACCUACAAAAAUAAAUUAUGGUACAUUUGAAAUUGGAUUUUUUAUUUAAAUUCAUUGGAUUUCCAUAAUGUGUAAUAUUUGUCAUAUUGUUUUUCUGAUAAGGAAACUAAAAUGUUGAAACUAAUGAAUUUUCUUUUCUUUUUAUGAAAUUGAUACAUUUCUUCUUUCCACUAAUAAAAAUUUAUUUAAAAUUUAUAAUAUUUUUACGCAGCUAUCAAAUUAUGAUUAAUGUCAAAAAUUCAGUUUAAAAUAAAGUUGUGUCUGAAUAAAUAAAUUUUAAACUAUCUUAAUAAACUAAUUGAAUAAUAAAAUUUUCGAAUGGUAAUUACGAAUUUCAAUUUCUAAUUACAUUUCAUUUGAAUUUCAAUAAGACAUUUUUUACAUUAAUCAGUUGAUAAUAAUCGAUUAAAAAUCGAAUUUGUAAUAGAUUGGUUUUAAAAAUAUUCAAUUCUAAAUCAUUCAUGGAACAAAAUUGAUUUUGUUGGAAUAUUGUAAAAUCUCCGAAUAAAGGAAAUUGGAUUGUUUAAUCGAUUUAUAUAAUUCUUUACUAUUUUAUAUGAAAAUCUAUUGUCUAGAUAAUAAUAAAAUAAAUCAAAAUUUCUAUUUAUUUUCAAAAUAAAUUGUUAUUUCUAUUAUUGUUUUAUUUUUAAUUGGUUAAUAUUGCACUUCUUGAAUUAACAACUAGUUUAAAAUAAUAAAUUUAAACAGACAACAACACAAGAGCAUUUUAUCUAGCAGCAAUUCUUACAAUCUUUCAGUUCUUAAAUUCAAUUUUUCUCUAUUCCAUGGUUACAUGACAUUUUUUUCUUUAAUACAAUUUUUACGCACUAAUAUUAAUCAAUAACGAACAUAAUUUGGAAAUUUCUUAAACUCAAUUUGAAAUAUUUAUGAUCUAAACAUUCUCUUUUAGACAGUUUCCUAUUCCCUUUUUUAUUCAGAUCUCUCCAUUCUUACCGCUUCAAGUUUUACAAUCGAAGUUGAGUUAAAGACUUUCUCAUCCUCAUUGAUGCUUUUCUUUCCUCUUUUUAUCAGACAAUGAAAUUCUCUAUACGUACCUCAAAAUUCAUCUAUUCAUAUCAUUUUUCAUUGAAAUAGUUUCUUCUUAUUUUAUUAAUUGUAUUUAAAGCGUCCAUUUGCCAAUCUUUUUAUUUCGGCUUUGAUCAAGCUCCACAAUUUGCUGCUUAGAUAGUUGCAGAUUUUUUAUAUACUAAAUGAAUACGAAAUAUUUGGAAGAUAUUGCUAAAAUAUAAGGGAGAAGAGGAAACCCCCUUUUUUGCCUGGUGACAUGAAAAUAGUUUCUGAUAAAACAAAUUCAAUUACUUAAUGAAUUUCAUUAUAAAAAUCACCAAUCUGAUUUGAUUAAAUUAUCAGAUUGGUAAUUUUUAUAAUGAAAUACUGUAGAUCAGUAAUAUUUUUCGUGGAGAGAUUCCUCAAAAUAAAAAAAUUCACCAUUGGUUUUCAUGGCAUAUUUAGUUUUAGAACAACUAGCCACUUCUAAAUAAAAUAUACUACAUUCCCGGAUGUAUUUGUUGAUCAAGCCUCGCUAACACUUCGUUAUUGUUAACUUGUUAUUACUUUUCAGAUUCAGUCAGUCGGCAAGUGUCCUUAAAAAAAGUACAAAAGUUCUUAUUUUAUGAUAAUGAGUAACAUAUAAAAGUAGAAUUAUUGUAAUUUUUGUUUAUAAAGUUUUGUCGACAACUGCCUUCUGUUUGUAUAAAUGUAGAUAAUGAGUAAUUAUAUUCCAAUAAUAAAUGUCAUGGAACAUUUUAUUAUUAUUGGCAAUAAUUAUGUAAUUUAGUAAUUUAAUAUUUAUAAGCACUUGGUUCCUAAUUUAUUAAAGUAACAAUUUUUUGUAUUAUUAUUUUAGAGUAUUAUUUUCUAUAAUAUACCAAAGUGGCAAACCUCUUUUACUCCCUACUGGUACAUUUAAAAACAAGUAUGUAAUGAUAAGUUCAGUUUUCAACAUAUUUUACUAAAAAAUAAGAUAUUGAAUUAGGUAUUAAUGUUUUUAGUGCUGUAAUUAAUUAAACCAUAUGUUUAAUCAACAUCUCGGAAAUUUUUAAAUCCAUUUCUACAAAUUUUGUGACAGUAACUCAAGAAUGUUGUCAUUGAAUAGUAGGAAACUUAUCUGCAUUAGGUAUUGUCUGUCAUAAAAUAAAUAAAAAAUAAUCACAAAUUUGAUAUUUUACACAAGUGAACAAGCAAUAUUGUUAUUUUAGCUAUAAUUUUAAUAAUUUCUACGCCAAUUGAAUAAGAACAUCGAUUUUUUCAUUGGAAGCAUUGAUUUUAUCCAAAUUUUUCAUUUCCAUUAAAAUCAAGAUCAAUUUUUUUAAUACAUACGUUUAUAACCAUUUCAGUCACAUUACUUUUCAUUGUCCUUGAAGAGAAUUCCAUUUAUUAGAGUUCAAAAAGCGACCAAAGUUUGAAAUUAUACUAAAAGGAUCUAUUACAUGUCAUGAAUAUGUAUCAUUACUAAUUUUCUUAUGCUAAUGAGGGCAAUCAUUUCCGGAAUAGUCCAGUCCAGGUUUUGUCACUUUAUCAAAUCAUAUAUUUUAUUGCAAGAAAGCCAAAGUAGACACAAAUUAAAAUGGUAAGACAUAUGUAGGCACAUAAACGGCAUGGAAAAUAUGUCCAUCUAAAAAAAACAAAAGCAAUAUUACGCCUGGAAGUAGUACAUAUCUAGCACCAUCAGAAGUUAAGUUUCAAAAUAACAUAUCUAUUUUUUGACCACUCUGUUUUAGCACAUACAAAUGUGUUUUUGUUCUAUAGAGCUUUCUCAUUCUUAUUUCGAUAUCUACAAAAUAGAUUUUGGAAUGUUUCCUCCUUAGCAAUAAUUCAUUUCAUUACCAAUAAUUUUCAGUCUGAAUUUUAUCAUUUAAACUUCAAGUUCAGUCAUUUUGUAUAAUAAUAUGAGCUACUUGUGAUAUUACUUUAUUAAACUUCAAAAAUAUUACCAUGAAAUUUUGAUUUUGGCUCAAACACAUGUACUAUUGGUUGCUAGUUCAAUCAAUCCUGAUGACAAUGGUAAGAAGCAGAGGUUACUACAAAAAAUAGAAAUUUCCUACACAAAAUAAAUAAUACAGUUUAAUUCCUUAUAUAUGUGCACAUACCAACCUCAAAAUUAUUUAUAGCAGUGUUUUUAGUAUUUUAGUGAUAUACAAACGAAUUUCUCGAAUUAAUGUUUUUGUCAAAUUUGGAUGCAUCUCUGCUACUUUUGCUUUUCACGCGAGUAUUUUUUAAUUCUGUAAAAGACCUAGUGGCGGUUAUUUUCAUAAUAUUUAAUUUGAAUGUGUCUUGAAAUGAAAAAAUGUGUUUAAAACUAGCAUUGUUGUUAUGUACAAAUAAUAUCUUAUAUUAAAAUGUACUAUAUUGUAUUUUAAAUUAUUUGAGUAUUCUAACAUUGCUUAUAUUUGUUAGUUUUUUGCUUUUUUCGCUGUUUGCUACUUUGGUAUUUGGCCAAUAUUCAAUUGCCAGUUACAAAAUGUAAAUUAAUUAUGCUCCAAACCAAAGCCUUAGUAUUUUUUGUGCAACUCGAAUGGAAUUCAAAACAUUAUAUAAAACUGUUCUUUAAUGGAGUCAAAUUUUAAAAAAUUUCUAAAUGGCGAAUUGUUACUAAUAUAACAAAUAUUUCGUCAAAUCAAAUAAUAAUGAGGUUCAUAAAAUAUCUUAAAGAUUGCAAUGAUAGUAUUUCGUAUAUAUUUACAUAUAAUUUUAUUUAUAUUGAAUUCUUAGAAGCAUGUAUGUGUAUAAAAUUUUUUACAUAAUUGAAAACAGUAAAAAAGAUUAGAGAAUGCCAUAAAAUUGAUAUUAUUUUGAAAUUUUUAAAUUAGGGGGGUAUUCUGGUCUAUAAGCCUAAAUUUUAGGCAUUAUUGAAACUAACAUAUAAGAACAUGUAAAAAAAAUUACUAUCCAUUUUUUUAUAUAUUGACUUUAAGAAUAUAAAAAAAAUUCAAUAAAUUACAGGCCGGUAAAGUGGGGGCUACAAAAAAAACGGUGUACCCUGGUUGACAUGAUUUCAGCCCUUGUAGUGAUCUGGAACAAAAAAAUUUGAAAAAUUCUUAAUCUGUAAAGAUGUCGCUAUCGCAUUGAUCCUAUCUAAAAAAAUUCACAAAAUGGCGUCGACAUGAAAUAUUAAUUUUUUUGAUCUUCUCGAAUUUUUUGAAAAUACUCCAAAUUGGAAUUUUUCAACAUCUAAGGCAAUAAAGAGAUAUAUAAAAAAGAUUUCCACCAAAUUUCAAAGGUACCGUUCAGGUAGAACUGGAGAUAUAAUACGUUUAAAAUUUGAGAAAAGAUUCUAGUAGAAUAACUUGUUUCGCUCUGCCGGCUUAGACGCUACGUCAUAAAUUUACUGUUUCUUCGGAAAUAGUGCAAAUUUUCAAAAAUUUGUUUUAGAACAUAUUCUUAAGGGUCUUUGAAAAUAUAUGAGAAAACAUCGAUUGUUUUCAAAUUUCUAGUCCAGAAUACCCCCUUAAGUAAUUGAAAUUGUUUCUUUUCUUUUAUUAUCAUGUUGAAUAAAUAGCUGGUAGAUACCUCAAAAAAUAAUAAAUAAUUGAAAGGUCCUCAAAAUUGUUAAAAUAUUGCAUUUCUUUUCUACCACAAAGAAAUAGAAGUACUAGUAAAAUGAGUACAAAUGAGAUCAGUGAUAUUUAAAAAUAAUUGAUAUAAGGUGACGAGAAAAGUAAUUCAGUAAAAACAUGGCUCCUGGCAGUUUUAUACUAAAUAAUUCUAUUCUUCUGUAAUCUUCAAAAACGCUAAAUAUCUCUUAUGCGGCGUUUAAAAAUAGUAAAUUUAUGAGAACAGUUCAUGUUCUAAGCAUAUGUUGUUCCUCUAACAAAACUCAUAAACGUUGCAUAAAAUAUACAUUAUCAGACCACCUUAAUGAAUUUACUUAAUAUUUCGUCCUAUGAAUUAGCGCGAAAUUUUGUGCAUUUCAACCUAAUUGAAAUGAUAUCCUGUUCAUUGAAUGGAGCACACAUUUAUGCACUAGUUCAUAUGGUGAACUAAGUAGUAUUCCAUGUAGGUCGUCGGAAAAGUGUAGUGUGCAAUAUGUGCGGAAAUUGAAUAUUUUGCACUAGUUGCACAAUAUACUAUAUCAGACUUCAAGUAUUAAUAUGAGUAAUAUAUUAAGUUUCUUUUUCUGUAUAACAUUUCUACACUGUAACAUGAGUGUAGACAUUUUAAUUUGGCGUCAUUUUAAUUUUCUUCUAAAAAACUUGUACAUAUAAUUUUCAUGAACAAAUGUUAGAAUACUUAUUUGUUUACUAUUUUCACAUAUGUAAUGAAAUAAAAAAAUAAAAUAUUA